CGCCCACCCGCAAAGAUGGCGGCCUCCUUGCGGCUCGGCUGCGGCCGCCGGGCGCUGCGCUACCUCCUGGGCUCGGCGAGUGGCGGGUGGGCGGAGGCCGGCGUGACCUCGCUUGGCCGCGGCGUGGGCUGCCGGGGGCUCCAUGGCACGGCGUGGCUGUGGGUUGAUCCUAUUAAAAUUUUAAUGCCUUCCUUGUCUCCCACGAUGGAAGAAGGAAACAUUGUGAAAUGGUUGAAAAAGGAAGGUGAAGCAGUGAGUGCUGGAGAUGCCUUAUGUGAAAUAGAAACGGACAAGGCUGUGGUCACAUUGGAUUCAGGAGAAGAUGGUAUUUUGGCUAAAAUAGUGGUCGAAGAAGGGAGUAAAGGCAUUCAGUUAGGAUCACUAAUUGGGUUGAUGGUGGAGGAAGGAGCUGAUUGGAAGCAGGUUGAAAUUCCCAAAGAUGUGAGUCCUCAACCACCCCCAGCUCCACCUGUGUCUGCACCUCUUGUAGCUGAAGCUGUGGUUCCUGCUUCUGCCACAAAGGCCCAACCAGCUCGGAAACUGUUGUUCCGGCUAAGUCCUGCUGCUCGAAACAUUUUGGAGAUGAAUAACAUUGAUGCCAGCCAGGGUACUCCUACAGGACCUCGGGGAAUAUUUACUAAAGAAGAUGCCCUUAAACUUGUGCACCAAAAAAAAUCAGGCAAACUUGCUGAAUCAAGACCUUCUCCAGCACCUUCUACUACAACUGCAGUGCCUUCACCUCCUCAGGCUCCUCCAGCUCCUCCAGCUACUGGGCCACCAUCUUAUCCAAGGCCAAUGAUUCCACCAGUUUCUACUCCAGGGCAGCCUAAUGCAGUGGGCACAUUCACUGAAAUCCCUGCCAGCAAUGUUAGAAGAGUAAUUGCCAAGAGGCUGACUGAAUCUAAAAGUACUAUACCUCAUGCAUAUGCUACUGCUGACUGUGAUCUUGGAGCUGUCUUAAAACUAAGACAAAGUCUCAUCAAAGAUGAUAUUAAAGUAUCAGUAAAUGAUUUUAUUAUCAAGGCGAUAGCUGUAACCCUUAAACAAAUGCCAGAUGUGAAUGUGAGUUGGGAUGGAGAGGGCCCAAAACAGUUGUCCUCCAUUGACAUCUCGGUCGCAGUGGCAACAGACAGAGGUCUCAUUACACCCAUCUUAAAAGAUGCUGCUGCCAAAGGAAUACAGGAAAUUGCUCUUUCUGUAAAGGCUCUGGCAAAGAAAGCAAGAGAUGGAAAAUUGUUACCAGAAGAAUAUCAAGGAGGGUCUUUUAGUGUUUCUAACUUGGGGAUGUUUGGUGUCGAUGAGUUUCGAGCUGUGAUCAAUCCUCCUCAGUCCUGCAUUUUGGCUGUGGGCCGAUCCCGACCUCAGCUGAGACUCUCUGAAGAUGAGGAAGGGAAUGUCAGGCUACAGCAGCACGACCUUGUGACCGUCUCCAUGUCCAGUGACAGCCGAGUGGUGGACGACGAACUGGCUACCAAGUUUCUUGAACGUUUUAAAGCAAACCUAGAGAAUCCUGCCCGGCUCUACUAGUGUCAAAAUGACCAGCUGAUCGUGCAGGCUGUGACUAAAAGAGAGGUGGCGGUCUGUAAGGAUAACAAUUUGAAUGUUUAGUAUAAGGUGGACAGAGUAUUUAAUUUAUUUGGGGUGAAAGAACCUGGACUUUGUUGUCUUCAUUUCUAUGUUUUAAAGAUAACCUAUUUUAAAGACUAAUCAAAGGAAGAGCACAUCUAGUUAUUUGGCUUCUUUUAAAACUACUUUGGUGCUGUACAAAAGGGUUCUACUUAACUAGAUGUAACUUAAAUCAUAUGUUUAGAAGGGUGUCCAGAGAAUGUCGGAGAGCCUGAAUAUCCAAAAAAGAAAACAUUGGAAGACCGAGACUAACUUUUAACCUUGAAAGCAGGGCCAGUCUUGGUUGAGAUAGCUCAGCAAUUUGACAGCCGAGGUUCAGUUUUACAAGGGCUGCUCUGGCAGUAUUCCUAAACGAUUUAAUACAGAGAGAAGCAUUCUGGCUAAGGACAAACCACCAGGCAAUUAGGGUUGCAUCUCUUGAUGGAUUGUGGCCACAUUGUCAGGUCAUUUCUAUAUAUAAAGCCAUACCUUUCCCAAGGUGGUUUCUAUCAGUUUUAUUGUUCUGGUGUUGACAUUGAUAACUGUGAGUUUCUUGAGAAAGGGGGGAAAAAGAUAUAUUUCUACUAAACAAAGACCAAAAAGUCACAAGAUGUGUUUGGAUGGAAAACCAUAGCUAGAACACCUUUACCUUCUGGUAGAAACUUAGAAAUAGUGGAUGAAUCUUAAAGUGCUUACUCUGAUGCUAAGUCGCCACAUAUUAAAAUACACCACAAUCUCUCGCUCAAAGUUUUUUUAAAAAGAUUCUUCAUUUUAAACACAAAACAUUACUUUGUGUGUUUGAAUUGUUCUUGACUGAAUAACCAGUAUAUUUUUGGAAAAUAAAUGCAUGUAUAAAAUGGAGGUUAGAAGUUAUUGGCAUCAUGAGGUGGACUAGGCAUUCAACAUUCCUAGGCAGGAACAAAAUGAAGAGGGCUCUCAGACUGUUUUUGUAGAUGAGUUUAACAUCUGAUAAGAAUUAUAAAAUUGUGGGUUUUAACAAAACAGGACAGAUUAGAAGAGUGAGGACUAUGCCUGUUCUACCAAGUUAUCAGUAUUAAGUCAUUCACCAUUUAUGGCCAGGUUUCAAAUACAUCCCAGUAGUUGGCCAAAAUGACUCUCCCUCAUAAGAAGCAUAUAAUUUAAAUGAGUUGCUGCAAGAUUGUAACAAAGAAAAAAAUCUCCAAAGAUCUUUUUGUAUUACCUUGAUAGGGAUCCCCAAGAGAAACAGUCUGUAGCGUAUCUCUUAUAAUGUUUUACAGUUUAGUAAGAGAGUUGUAAAAACAUCCAUUCACUUAAUAAGAAUCUUAAUGAGAUCCUACCAAGCACUCAGAUUCUAAGACUUAUAAGAGAGGGUCCCUGGCCCCCAGCACAGGGCAUUUAGGGGGAGAAGAACACUCUUGUAAAAAGAAUAAAUUAAGACAUUAUAGAAUAUAAAGAGUGCACUAAAGAAAGGGAAGCCCAAGAUGCUUGGAAGCAUGAUUCUGUAGACAUCUUUAAUUUGUCAGAAACCGAAAAUAACAAAAUAGGCAGUUUAUGCUAAUUAGAUUAACUCAUUACUUUCCAGACAAUUUUCAAUGAAAUAAUUUGUUUUUCCAGUUCUUAGGCCUGAGUCAGCUGGGAUGCCAGCCAUAAAUCCUUAAGCACUGGCCUGGGGGAUGAGGAGAAGUCAAUUUUAUCCUCUCAUGAAUUUGGUGACUUAGAUAAGACACCUAACCCUGUUGUACCUCAGUUUGCUCUUAUGUGAAAUGGGAAAGAUGCCAUCUGCCCCUUAUCUCCUUCUGAUAGAUAUGAGAAGAUGUGAAAUGGCAUAUGUCGGGACCUCUGUGAAUUACACCAGUGAGAGGCUUUAUGUAACAAAUAGUUUUUAAGUACCUAUUAGAGAUCCACAUAAAGCACUUAAGAGUUAAAAACAGUGUCUGCCCCAUUAGAGCUUACACUUUACAGAUUUUGGUCAGAUUCAGAUCAGUAGUUCACAUCCAAUUCAAAAUGUCAGUGUCAAUUUAGGUAGGUCUUCUGUUGUAGAUACUUUUUGCAAGACAAUAAGAAUGAGCUCAUUUUUGACAUCAGAUUUGAUUCUGUCUUGAAAAUGAACCAUUCUUUUGAAAGAUAGGUGGUGCUAUGGAUUAAUAUUCUGAAGAGCCUUGCAGACACCAACCAUAGAAAAUAUACCAGGCUUUUAAAUCCCUAAUUCAGAUAGAUUGUCCUCAUCAUGCUUUGCAGUGUGGUGGACUUAAGCUUAGGUGAGGUGAAGAAAUGGAAGGGCAAGGAGUUAACAGGUAAGAAUUAACUACUUAAAUGUAGAACUGCUUGGGUAGAAAAGGAUUCUCAAAAAAUACUACAAAGAAUUUGUUUUGGAAAUCUUUAAACUUGUUGGAAAAAAACCCCAACCUUUCAGUAAAGUUAUUUUACUCGAUUAAAUAUCAUUAGUCUUUUACAAGUUUCUAAAUUUAGGGUAGAAGGGAUUUGGUAUGGCUAGAUUUUCGGUGUCAAAAUGGUUACAGUCCAUUAAAGUGAUAAGCGUUGUCAUUAUUAAUGCCUAUCUUAGCAACCUCGUUCACCUCCACACAGUGCAUAAAAUGGACAAAUAUG